AUGUGGUCGGAGGACAAAACUAAUAUUGAUGAGUUUGAAGAGAAGAUUGAGGCUAAAGGACUUCUUACAGAUAAAAAAGAAAUAUGUCGAUGUAUCAAUGAUAUCUGUAAAAUCAUGUAUGGAAAUAGACAUAAGCCAUAUUUCAUUCCUGGUGAAGAUGAGCUUACCGCCAUGACAGUGCAGCUAAGGAAAAUGGGAUUCAAAGUUGACAAAAGAAGAAUAUAUAAGGCUGAUGGAAUUAUACGCUUAGCAGAACUUGAAGAUCUAGAAGUCCUUAUUUUGGAAACAGCGGGCGCUUUUAAUGUUGAAGACCAUGGAAAAACAGCAUUUGACAACUCAAAGGGUAUAUUUGCCCUGCUGGCGAUGUUGAAAACAAUAGCUGACCACUACAAGCAUGCGUCUCUCUAUUUCAUACAACCAAGCGGUAGGCAAUAUUACAAACAGUCUUUUAUUUAG